GACACAACGCCGGUAUAUACAAGAACGUAGAGUCUAUUCUUUUCCGAAAACACGUGGACUGAAUUUACGUGGUGCCAGUGCAGUGCCAAGUGUUUCGUUUCUAGUUCUCAUUCUAUUUCUUGUGACCAAAGGAUACUUUACCAUGGACCCUAAGCUGCAUCAACCAUUGGAUUUUUAUUUUAACACAUGGUGAGCGGCGGGCGCUAUCCCCUGAAGAGAUGAGCGGGUCAUGCGCGCCGGCCUGUGCACGGUAAGCGCCCCCCUGGCCGCGUGCAGCCCGGUAGCAGCGCUCCCCCCGUCCUCCCGCUUCCUCGCGCUCCAUCUGCUGCACCAGCAGACCCUCUACUUCGUCGUGCAGGCCAAGUCCCGAGUCAGAGAACUCUAUCACCAAACAUGCAGGCACUUCGCCCAGCAGGGCAUGCUCGACACCAAUCUCUUCGGACUGGCUCUCAUUUGUGAUGGCGAAUAUUUGUUUGCUGAGCCGGACAGUAAAUUAUCCAAAUAUGCACCAAAAAGUUGGCGAUCGUCGCACAGCCAUGGACUGGACGCGAACGGGCGUCCAGCCUUGGCCUUCUACUUCCGAGUGCAGUUCUACGUGGACAGCCCUCUGCUGCUCCGAGACGAAACCACUCGACACCACUACUACCUUCAGCUUCGCCUCAACGCGGCGUCGGGCGCUGCCGCCGACCACGCCACGCAUCUGGCCGGGCUCGCCUUGCAAGGAGACUUCGGAGACUACAAGGAAACGAUCAGUUUUCGACCGGAGGACUACGUUCCUCCGAAUAUGCGAGGUCCUGCAGCUAUCAGGGUUAUCGAGGCUUCUCACCGAACACACCGAGGACUCUCGAAACUCGAAGCUAGGACCAGGUUCAUAGCAGAAGCUUGCCAACUACAGGAACCUGUAAAUGCUCACGUUUUUAGGUUAAGAGCUUCUAAAGCAGAAGUGUCCCCGGGCUCCCUCCUUCUGGCAGUAUGUCCGCGAGGGUUGCGCGUAUGUCCGGACAACAACCCCCCGUCAACAUUUUUGUGGAGUAGCAUAGGAAAAUUGAGUUUCGAAAGAAAAAAAUUCGAAAUACGUACUGGUCACGAAAAACUUACUUUAUACACGAGCAGCGAUGAAAAGAGUCGCUUGCUUUUGUCCCUCUGCAAGGCAGCCCAUCAAUUCAGCAUGGCGGUGGCACCACGGCUUAACGAGGCCCGCAAAGAAGAAGAAGAACGUCAGAGAUGGGACUGCGACCAGAGGGUGUCGGUCAUCAGUUCGACCUCGUCGAACACCACUUCUGGAAUAGUCAGUGACCGAGUUCAUUCCGAGGAUGAACUGGAGAUCAUGAUAACGAGUCCACCGGCGCCUUCUACAGAAAGUUUGGCACUAGCUCACCUGCUGGACAGUGCGCCUGCUAGUAGCCGAACUUCUGCCGCUUCUGCGACGGCUGCACUAGCUACACUCACUCUUAAAGAGGAGGAGGAAGACCUUCCAAAACCCACUUGCAGCGAAAGCUCCGGCAAGACGGCCAGCAAAUGCGCCGGGUCUCAGUGUAGCUCGUCGUGCAGCACUGUAGUUGUCACAUCCAUACAAUCAAAAUCAAAAGGUAGAAGACCAUCCACCAGCAGCAGUCUAGAGUUGGGUUACUCGCAUACGGCUCAAAACUCGGCUGUAAGCGACGCCACAUGCAUUGAACUGGAACCAACAGAUCCUGUGUACACUUCCGGACCAGCACCCAGCAGCCAUACCAGCGGAGUGUACACGCUAACAUCCAGUGAUCAGUACACGUUAAGUUCUAGUGAUCAGUACGCGGCCCCAAGUGAACAAUAUAGUUUACCAAGUGAUCAAAUUGAUGGACAUUUUCGCGAUCGCACAAAUUCUACGUUAAGUAAUUCAGGGUCGUUCCACGGUGAUGGUAGUGACCCGACCGACAAUAAGCAAGCCUUGUUGUCGGCAGAAGAGUUGUCGGAUUUAAUUGUAGGAAGAUAUCCCUCCUGUAAGAGUGUCAGUAAUACAUUGGACUCUGAUUCGGACUAUGUUACAUUGCCUCCUUCUUCAUAUCAAAGUUACGUGCCUAUACCUCCGAAAAGGAUCGACAGUGUGGAUCAUCGGUUUCGCCCCCCACCUCCGCCGUAUGGGGCCCAACUCUCCAAACUACCUAUGGGAGAGACUUCUUCUAUGAUUUACGAAGAAUCAAGCACUAUCUCCGAAGAAUCGUUAAUAAGACACCCACCGCCAUAUCCAGAAAACCAUACACCAGUUCCACCACCGGGUUAUCCAUACGAAGAAGCGGGAGCACGGUUUAUCACCACGAGAUCGCCCAGCAUCUUAACGGCCCACGCUAGCGCCGUCAGCAUUAGUUCAUCACCAAGUUACUCGACACCAAGUUCGGUACCACCAAUACCUCCUAAAAUACCACGUCACACUCAUCAACAAGUAAACUCGCUCAUUUCAUCAAACAGUUAUUUGGACGUAUCUUCCACUAAAUCCGGCAUGUUAAUGCCAUGUUCAUUUCUACCUCCUCCUCUUUCAACUCCCAGACAACCACCACCCCCUCCACCUCCUGCUCUAGCAACAGUUUACACCAGCCAACUGUCCAGAUCACAAAUAGAGCAGUACCAACAACAAAUGUACAGUGAUGUGGACUUUGUGGUGUUUCCUCUAAAAGAACCCGCCAUAAGCAAACAAGAGUACUUGGAAGCUAAACAAGGAUCUCUACUAGCAGCCCUGGCCCAAACACAACCAGUAUUCUAUAGAAGCACACCUUUCUUACAUAGAUACGCAUCGAGCCAGAACUUAUCGGACACGUACGUGCAGUUACCUGUGUAUGGAGCUCCAAGCAUCUCUUCUACCGGUAGUCUGGAUCCAGCUCCUCCACCAUUACCACCAAAUAGACCUAGCAAAUUCAUGAGAACCCGAUCGGACGACAACAUCCUAAACUCCUUUGAAACCACCACCCCGCAACCUCCCAAAUUCAGAAGACUUCCUCCCCCUCCACCUCCAAUUCCAGAAAAACCAAGCAAUUUUAUCCGUUCAGAAACUGGCAAGGUAAAAAGUGACGGUGUUCCAGAAAAGAGCGACGACAGGGAAUCCUCCUUGGAUAUCCGUACUCUCAGAGAGAAGAGCAAGAAGAUGGACUUGCCUUUAAUUUCGGCAUUGUGCAAUGAUAGAUCGCUUAUAAAGCAAACGAAGGCGUUCGUUAUGCCAAAACAUCCUGGCAAAAUGAACCCGCGUCAUUCUUUAAGCAGCUCUCGGACCAAAUACCCAGUUUCCGGUCUAAGCAGCACUCGCAUCAACAAACCAAUAAGGAAGACGGUGUCCGUAAGUCAUAGACAUCCCGGUGACAAGUUGCCCGAAAUUCCGCGGGCCACUCCAAACAACUACGUCUUGACGGAUUCCCGGGGUCAGCACAAGACCAUGCAAUCGCACUCUUAGUAUGGUGCUACCAUAAUUAGCUUACAUAAAAACAUUCCAGUGCUAACUAGUUGACAGAUCAUUCUUUCACUCAGGGUGCCAUCACUGCAAUACGUUUAAAUUUAAGGAGCAAUUCAUGUUUUGAUUGUACCAUAUCCAUUCUUCACACGUACAAACAAAAUGUCUCUUGCUCAACUAUCCCUGUAAUACAGGGCCUGUAUGUACAUAAAGGUUAUAUUUUAUUUUUGGCACGUAAGAUUACAAUAUGAUUUAUUAGCAUUAAUGUAUACACUUGCUCAACUUUUAUUAUAAUUAAAU